AUGGAAUACUUCCGGCAUACCGCUCACAUCGGAACCCACUCCUUAAGCUACGCGUUGCGAGGCAUCCCUCGGCAACCCGGCGCCCCAUUAGUGGUGGUAAUCUCCGGAAUCACGAGCAGCGCGCUAGAAUGGAGCGGAGUGUGUCGCCAUCUCGAGAAAGACGCGUCUAUUCUCCUAUACGAACGGACUGGCUACGGCCAGAGCGAGGAAUUCCCAACGGCGGAGCCAGACUCUCUGACUAUCGUCGAUGAGCUGUCCAGACUGCUGAUUGCUGCGGCACUCCCGCCCCCGUACCUGGUGGUGGGCCAUUCCUGGGGCGGGAUGCUCGCACGGGAGUUCCUAGCCGCGCGCGGGCCCGAAGACAUCUGCGGAAUGGUGCUAGUGGAUGCAGUGCAGGAACGGAUGUUCAUCGAGACGUGGCCUGAUCCCAGCAUCGCCGCAGUCAUCGAGGGGCUCGACUACAGGGAGGUCGUGGGGCUGGACCGCGAUCACCGACUGACCGAGUCCGAGUGGGCGGAGAUGAUGGCGGAAGAACUUAGCCCCCACCACGAGCGCCAGGCCGUCCGGGAGCUGCCCCAGUUGCAGAUCAGCCGCGGGGUCCUAGCUAAGAAGGAACAACUUCGUCCUGGUCGGGAUCUGCUGCAAGGUAAGCCGCUUAGUGUGCUUCGCGGUAAUUCUCUGCGGGAUAUGGAGCGGCUGUACCAACGGGGCGUAGAACAGGGGUUGGGGACUGACGCCCAGCGAGCAACUUUUCGUGACAUUAUAGCCAAUACGGACCACAACGAGGAGGAUUUGCAACGCGAACUUCUGAAUCUGUCGACCAAUGCACGCUUCUCCACGACAUCUCAGAGUGGCCAUAAUAUUCAGCUCACUGAGCCUGAACUAAUCGCCGAUGAAAUUCGUUGGGUCCUACAGCGGAUUUGA